CAGCCACAAAGUCACAAUUGUCGAGCUAUGUCGUAAAAAAAUAUAAAAACAAAAAAUAGCUUUUUGGUCUUAAUUGAUGGUUAGUGUUAGGCAUAAAGUCAGUAACUUGGUGUGUUUAAGGUUAUGUUUACAAUCAGAUUUUAAGAAGAUGAAUUGUAGAAAUCGGCGGGGUUUAGCUGAUUAUGACAUUGUGGAUGUGGUAACUAGUGACGACCGAGAAAAGGUGAAAGCCAGCUGAACAAUUACAGUCCUACAAUAGUUCACUUGUUUGGUUUUACAAGUCAAUCAUGGCUGAAGACGAAGAUGAUUAUAUGUCUGAUGCCUUUCUCAGUCAAAUGUUCUCUCUGUGUCCCAUCUCCCUGGCAGACCAGAUGUGAAGCCCGGUAUCCCGAUGGUGAAACGUGUGAAGGAGGCCCUGAGGAAAGAGGUGCUUCACAAGGAGAAGAACGUUAAGAACCGCCAGAAGACUAUUAAAGAGUUGGAGCAGGAGAGUAGAGAGAUGGCACAGCAUAGCACCAUUAGCAACCAGAACAAGGGCUUUGCUCUGCUGCAGAAGAUGGGUUACAAAGCUGGACAAGGCCUGGGGAAGCAGGGGGCGGGAAGAGUCGAACCUAUUCCAUUAAAUAUCAAAACAGACAGAGGGGGCAUCGGGAUGGAGGGAGUGAAGAAGAGGAAAGCAGAGGAGGAACUUGAACAUUACCGUCAGAAAGCCCGGGCCAAACAACAGAAUGAGAAACAGUCCCUGGAGGACUUCAGAGUGAGGAUGAGGACAGAGAGGGAAGAGCAAAAGAUUGAGGGGGACCUCAGGAGGAGUCAGAAAGCCUGUGAGCAGCUGGACAGUCAGAAGGGUGUCCCGGUGCCCAGGGAAGACUGGUACUGGCCUAAACUGGUUGUUGAGGAGGAAGAGGAAGACAAAGUGGUUGAGGAUGAGGAGGAAGAGGAAGACAAGGUGGUGGAGGAGGAUGAGUUAACUUCACUGGACAAGCUACAAAUUCUGACAUCAUAUUUAAGAGGGGUCCAUUUUUACUGCAUAUGGUGUGGGACCGCUUACAAUGAUGAGGAGGAUCUGUGCUCUAAUUGUCCUGGGGACGCAGCUGUAGACCACGAUGACUGAACCACUGCAGAAUAAUCACCAGAAGAGACUGGAGGCAUCGACCAGUCGGAUUCGUAAACAUAUGGGGAUUAUAAAUGGGAUCGGAGGCCGUAUGUAUGAAUGUACCGAUCUGUAGGAUUUUUCUCUUUAGAGGACAAUGAAUAAGGUUACGUGAACAGAGAGGGACUGAUCCUAGAUCAGCACUGCUGUUCUGAGCCGGUUGACGUAUAUAACAGCUGCCCCUGUAUGAUAUAUAUAUAUAUAUAUAUAAAUAUAGGUGGGAUUUGACCUAUAAAGUGUGCAUUUGUAUUAUUUAUAGACAGGACAUUUGAUGUAUUUUCUUCCUGAACAUGUUUUUUUUUGUUUAAUAAAUUAAAACAUUUUUUUUUAUAUGAUUCAGAAACCAUGAAUUAAAAAGGUUAUUUAGAUUAUAA